AUGGCCGUCCCCAAGUCACUUGCCUGGAUCUACCAAGAGUCGGGUAUUGCCGCUGUCUACACCACCGGUCGCGAUGCCUGGCUCCUCAUCCUGUCGCGGACGAUCCGCAUGUUCGCCUUUGGCGCCGUGUCGCUUACAAUAGCCCUCUUCUUCAGCGAACUCGGAUUCUCUGAUUUCCGCAUCGGCCUCUUUCUGACGCUGACGCUUCUGGGCGAUGUUGUCCUCGGGACGCUUAUUGCGCUCAUGGCGGACAGCAUAGGCCGUCGGCGGGUGCUCCUCGCGGGCGGCAUCCUCAUGGCCGUUUCGGGUCUUGUCUUUAUGUACUUUGAGAACUUCUGGGUCCUCCUCAUCGCGGCUGUUGUCGGCGUCGUCAGCGCUAGCGGUAGUGACUUUGGCCCCUUUCGUGCGAUCGAGGAGUCGAUGCUGUCGCAUAUUACCACGCCCCAGACGAGGCCGUACGUUCUGUCGUGGUACAUUACGGGCUCAGCGCUCGGUUCUGCAGCCGGUACGCAGACAGCGGGGCAAUUUGUCGAAGCCUUGAAGAGCAAAGGUAUGGUGCAGAUCUACCAUGCCACCUUUGGCAUCUACGUCAUCACUGGGUUCAUGAACAUGGUGCUGGCGUUUCUCAUGAGCAGCAAGUGUGAGACGGAGAGGCAAGACCUGGUACCCGAACAUGUGGAUGAGCUAGCACAGGGCUUGCUCGAGGACUCGGACUCGGACGACGAAAGGGUUGGUCUAGACACAACAAUGAACACGCGCCGGACACCUGUCGCGCAACAACCACCGUCGUCGUCGAACUGGACGUCCAAGUUUGCUCAGAUUUCGGUACCUACGCGCAACACUAUGUACAAACUGUGGUUUCUGCUCUGCAUUGACACCCUGGCGGACGGCAUGUGCAACCAGACCCUGACCAACUACUACCUGGAUCGCAAGUUUGAGAUCCCCAAGACGACCCUUGGCAACAUUGUCUCGGCAGGUAUGAUUCUUGGAACAGUUGGAACCCUGUUUGCAGGUCCAUUGGCGCACCAUCUGGGUCUGCUGAACACCAUGGUUUUCACACAUCUGCCAUCCUCCAUUGCGGUCGCGCUGUUCCCUGCCCCGUCGAGUCUGGCCAUCACAGUCAUCCUUCUGAUUGUCCGCAUGGGUUUGAAUCCAGUGGACCAAGCGCCACGGUCAGCCUUCAUUGCUGCCGCCGUCAAGCCAGAGGAGCGGACAGCCGUCAUGGGAAUCACAAGUACGUUGCGGACUCUGGCGAUGGCGGUUGGGCCCUCUUUGACCGGCAUGCUAGCCGGAAGCAACAAGUUCUGGAUCGCUUUCGUGGUCGGCGGUAUGUUACGGAUCAUGUAUGAUCUCGGACUGUACGCAAUAUUCGUCAAUGUCGAGCUGCACGCCCACGAGACGGCUAAAGACACACCGACGCGGGUAUCGCUGGACGACGAAGAAGAAGCUGUGGAAAUGCAAUCUCAUCCGAGGUGGAACGAGGGCCGAUAG